UAGUUCCCAGGUGUGCGCGUGCCCAGUGUUUUCUCAUUCGCACGUGUUUUGUUGUGGAAUUGAUUUUCUCUGACAAUUAGGGCAAAAUAAUAACAACCAGUGCUUUCUCUUGCUGAAUCUGACAAAUUUUUUUUAUUAGAAUGGCAAAAUCACUGAGAAGCAAGUGGCGAAGGAAAUGCAGAGCUGUCAAACGCGAACGUUAUGGAGCCAAAGAGCUCGCCAGAUUGAAGAAAACCCUUGGUAUUGAUGAAAAUACCACCCAGCAGGACGUGGAAAUGUCAGAUAUAACAGAAAUUGCAACAGUGACAGACGCUCAGAAGAUCAGAGAGUCCGUAAAGCCUGAGGGAGAAAACCCCCAGGAGGGGGUGAUGGAGGUGGAAGGCAAGAGAAUUUACAAUAAGAGGACUAUGAAGGACCAGUAUGGUAAUUACCCAGUGUGGAUGAACAAGAGGAAAAUAGUCAAGCACAAAAAGGGCAGAGGGAAGAACGCCAAGGCCACUGCAAAACAGAGCAAACGACUGACGAGAAGACAGAAGAAGAAUGCCCAAUCAAAAUAAACGAAACCACGUGAAUCAUUUUCUUCACGAUUUUAUUUUUAUUGAAUACAAAGUUCGUUGUAACGAGUGUCGAAUGUAAUAUUUAGACCUAUGGCAGUGAUAGUGCUAUGACUAUAGAGUUUAUCCCGGCAGUGACGAACUAUAGGCGACGAGGUCCUUCAAAUAAUCGAUGAGUUUUCAAGGAAUUUCUUGGAAUCUAAGAGAGCCACCGAGAUGUUUGUCAGUGCAUUUUUUCUUGUCUUCAUUUCUCUCUCUGAAAAAUUCCUGGGUAAAAUUUUCUUAUCUCUUAUAUUCUGCGAUAUUCGUGGAACACUAGCAACAAGUUGCCUUGUUACCGUUCACUGUUUCGAUACAGAAAUCAUAAUUUGCUACUUUAUAUCUUGUAGAAAAAAUAAAAAAACGAGCUCUCAGUUUAAA